AACAAAAUUUUCAAGUGUUAAGUGAAGGGGGCGCUGCUGGUGAAAUUGGCGGGAAAUGAUGACGCGUGAGGCGCGUACGGGCAACGCCUAGUUAGUUGGAAGGACACUGUGGCAGUGUCAAUGUCGUUGUUGAAUCUAAUUUGCUAAUAAAUUAGUUUUUGGGUGAAUUCCGAGUUUCAUUUACAGAGCAGCGGUAGGAUAUUGCUCAAAUAAUCGUUUCCGAUAGAGAGUGGUGAAUUGUGGUGAUUUUGUGAGGAAUUUGUGGGUCGCCAAGGCAAGGGCCAAAAAUUGAAGUUUUGGGAAUCUGUACCGUUUCAUUCGUAACAAAAUUGUGUUUUACGAUUUGAAAUUGAACAAAUCAAUCGGGUGCUAGCCGAAUUUAUCUGGUUUUUCUGAUUUCUGACGAGUUCUAGGAGUUACGCAACCACACGCUGUCAAUUUUCGUUUGGGUGUGGCUCAAAAGGCGCGAAAAGUUUUCUGGUGAGAUUUUCGCAAUCGGGCGUCACAGGUACCUAGGAAAUGUGGACUCGGACGACUCGGACUCAAGUGACGAUGAGCCACGGCCGAAAAGGUCCGCGCCUGGGGUCUCCACUACAGUAAAUUCACCCCCAGUUUCGGCCGAAUCCGCUAGAAUCGCGAGACUUGAGCAACUCGUGGAAAACUUGAAUCGACGUUUGCUAAACCGCAAUUUUGAGCACACAUCAGGACAAUACCACUAAGUGGUUGCAUAAAAUUGACCAGUUGGCUCUCGUGAACGGUUGGGACGAACGUACAACGAUUUACGGCAUGAUAGAUAAGUCGACUCAAGGGGUUGGCCAAGGAGUGGUACGACAAUCUCGAUCCCUCAGCAUACGACCGGAGUUGGGAUGAAUGGAAACGUUUGUUACAAGCCACCUUCCCCGAUCACCACGAUUAUGCUUCCACACUUCGUAAGCUAGUGAAUAGGGUGAAGGAAGAUGGUGAAACCUGGGCACAAUAUUAUUUUGGGAAAUUAAAUCUGUUGCAGGCUUGUGACAUAACAGGAACAAAUGCAGUCUCCUGUCUUAUUGAUGGAAUCACUGACGUGACUCUCAGAAAUGGGGCUAGAGCAGGGCGUUACGUUACACCCGAAAGCUUGUACGCUGAGUAUUUGUCGACUCUGAGAUCCGAAGGUGACAAGCGGGAUACGCUCGCAAAGCAGGCGCCUCGGGAAAGGAGGAGGUUCCUUCCAAGUCGAGUCGAAGCACAAAAACUGUAUUCGUCAGUUCGGUGUUACAAUUGUCGUAAUCGAGGACAUGUUGCGACAAAGUGCCCGAAACCAAAAAUUGAGUGCAAGAAAUGUGGUCGCAUUGGACAUGUGGAUGCUGAGUGCCAACGUGGUAACGUAGUAAAAGAAAACAUGUCUAAGCAGGCACUAACGACAAGUGUAGCUGACGCAAGUAAUAAUAAGAAUUAUUACAUAGACAUUAAGGUCAAUGGUAAGCCGACGCGAGCUUACAUUGACUCAGGAGCUGAACCGGUCCUUGUCAAGCAGUGUUGCUACAGAAUUGGGACUGAUGUGCAUGGGGGAGUCGAAGUAGAGCUAGAAGUGGAUCUUGUCAAGGCAAACGUAAAAGCUUUGAUCGUCGAAGACAGUGCACAACGUGUGCCUGUCAUAGUGGGACAGACCUUCCUGAAUGCGGGUGCUAAUACGAUUAUAGCAAAUGAGGAAGCUGUGAGAGUAGUUGACGGAAACAACGAAUCGAUCCAAGCAUUUCUAGGCCAACUUCCGACACGAAAAGUUGCACUUUGGGCGGAAGAGGAAACAGUGAUCCCUCCUCAAUCCAUUGGUUGCAUACGAAUCAAGGCAAAAGACGAUGGGUGGAAAGGAGCUUAUUACGUUGAAGGGUGUCAACGUCCGAGACCAGGGUUCGAACACGUUGUUCAUCGGUGUGUCACAUGUGAUGGAGGCCUAGUGACCGUUCGCAAUCUAUCGCACCAAGAUCUGGUCUAUCGAAAGGCGCAAAUCGUUGCGAGAGCUGAGCCUUGCGAGCAGGAAAGGACAGCUACGACGAAACACCGGUGGUUCCCCGAGGACGUGGAACACGGAAGCGUGGCCGACUGUUAAGUGAAGGGGGCGCUGCUGGUGAAAUUGGCGGGAAAUGAUGACGCGUGAGGCGCGUACGGGCAACGCCUAGUUAGUUGGAAGGACACUGUGGCAGUGUCAAUGUCGUUGUUGAAUCUAAUUUGCUAAUAAAUUAGUUUUUGGGUGAA